UACUCUGCCCGCAUCGCCUCUCGCAUCGGUCAUUUGCGGAUUCACCCCUAGCUAGGAGACAUCGUGGGAGAUGUCGACGACGGAGACAGGGAAUAGCUCGACGACGGAGUCGGCGGUGUCCGGGCUCGACUACGAGGAAACGCAGCUGACUCUCGCCCCACCGGGGGGCUCUAGAUCCGAGUUCGAGAGGAAGCGCGGCUUCUCGGAGGGCGUCGGUCUCAGCCUCGAGACCAAGGAUUUCUUGUCGGGCUCUUCCGAUGAGCCCCCCAUUUCCGGUGCCGGGGAGCCUUCCGCAGCCAAGGCACAGGUGGUGGGGUGGCCGCCGGUGAGGUCCUUCAGGCGGAACGUCCUGAAGAGCUGCACCUACGUGAAGGUGGCCGUCGACGGGACGCCCUACCUUCGUAAGGUUGACCUCGAGGCAUACGCAGGAUACCAGCAGCUGCUGAUCGCCCUCGAGGAGAUGUUCUCCUGCUUCACCGCCCGUAACUAUCCCAACGAGAGGAGGCUGGUUGAUCCUGUGAACGGGACAGAGUACGUUCCAACUUACGAGGACAAGGAUGGUGAUUGGAUGCUUAUCGGUGAUGUCCCUUGGAAGGUAAGGUCGAGUAGCAAUUUCCUAGGAAACAUCGAGGGGUUUGGUUCACAUGUUGAGGCUAUUGACAAAGAAGAGCUUGAAGGGGCUAUCUCAACCGUCCAUGGCGAGCAUCAUGCCACUGAGAAUAACUUUGUAGAGUGGUCAGAGCUAUAUGUCAAACUAAUCUUGUCCUAGGGGGCCUAUUUUAAGGUUUAUGUUGCUGAAAAUUGUAAGAAACAAUUGGAAGACCCUUUUUCUCAAUAAAUUGAACUGGGAACUGAACUUUUGUGCUAGUGGAUGAACUAGAAUGUUCAAAGAAUAGCUUGAAGCUGUUAGGACAAGGUUUUUGUGCUUUGUGUUCCAAUCUGAUCAGUUCAAAGUUGCAUCAAUUUUUUCCCAAUUUUCCAAGUAGUUUAAAUUUCAUUCUUCUUGCAAAUUCGCUUGUUUCCACUGUUGAGUAUAACCCAGUUUGUAAAGUUUGCACAUGUCAACUUGCUUGCUUCCAACAAGAACUGAAGUAUGAAUGGUAUCCUUAUUGUCAUUCAACAGUUGUGAUGGUAUGUGUUGCACAUAGCAUGAAUUUAACAUCUAGUUCCCUGGAAGGAACAAGAAUAUCUGCACAAAAUAUAAAUCGGUGACACUCAACGCUUAAAACAACAUAGUCGAGCUUAUUAUGUGGCUUACUCUUGUAAGAAUAACUAAUCACAACUUGUCUUAUAGAUAGUCUUCAUGUUUAACUAAGCACAACCUGUGAUGUGAUUAACUAAUUAAGCUUAUAAAUUACUCAGGCUUGUAGUUAGUCUUCAUGAUUAAUUAAUCACAACUUGCAAUGCCAAAUAACCCAAAAAAAAAAAAAAUCCUAAUCAGAUGCCUGAUCUUAUUAGGCAUCUGAUAAAAAACAUAUGGCCAUAUGUGCUUUUCUGGUUACGCAUCUGAUUAAUCACAACCUAUUACUAAGCCUUAACAACUUAUGGCCAGAUUGAUAAAAAAAAAAACAUAUGUGCUUUUCUGGAUUUUUUUUGGCUAUAUGAUCCCCUUGAAUUUAUAUUUUCUCAAUGCAUCCAUCUUGGUAUUAACCGUGUGAGUGACAUGAUUGAAUGAAUAAUCAUUCGAUAGAUGCAGAAUUGAGGGUGUAAAUCUGAUCACAUGGAUUUUCAUGAACUAAUCAUUAAGAUAUGUACGUGUGAUUUUUCAUCUGGUACAGAGCGUAGAUAUGAUAAAAUGAAUCUAUGAUUUCUUCAUUAUUUGAUCCAUAAUUGAGAGGAAACAGAGCCCUGUCAAAAAGUUGUACAGGGCUCUUAAUUCGAAAUGUUGAAUUUGAUGAGAGUUCUCUUUCCUGUUCUUUUACCAAGUUACUUUUGCUUUAUUAAUGAACGUGUGGUGUUCUCAAGACUACUGCAAACAUGCUGACAACUUAUAUUUAUUUUCACAUUAGUUAUCUCAAGUAUCUAGACCAUCUUUAUUUGUUAAUGGUUAAACAUUGCUGAUCUUGUAAAGAUAAUGAUGAAUUGAAAUUUUGUACUGUGAAUUUGGACUUGCAUUAACUGUUCUAUAGGACAUCCCACUUCUCCACCAUGGUCUUGGUAAACUGAAGGCAAAUUUGCCCAUUAUCAGACAAAUCUAAUCCAGUUGAUGUACCCAUGGCAAAUUUGCCCACAAUUUGUUGAUGAAGUCAAAUUUCAGUUCAGUUAUGUUGUAUGACCUGUAGCUCGAAGCUUCAUCAUUAUAUUGUAGGAGCAGUUCAUAUGGUUG